ACAUAACCUUAAUGUGAACAAUUAAACAGGAAUUUUUUAUAAAAUAUUUUUAUUGUUAAAAACAAAUUAAUAUUCUGAGAUUUUUUUAAAAUAGUUUUUUCAAAAUGGCGGACCGCUUGACGCAACUUCAAGACACAGUUAAUCAGCAAGCCGAGCACUUUUGCAACAGCGUAGGAAUCCUCCAACAAUACUCGACCCCGAGUAAGUUCCCGGGUUUCGACCGAAUAGGAACUCCGCAGCCGCAUCAGCCGCAAGAAGACUACGCGGCUUUGUUCGCGACGCUGAUCAUCAGGUGCGCCAAGGACAUCGACACGCUGAUCGAGAGUUUGCCGAGCGAAGAGUCUUCCCAAGAGCUCCAAGUAGCGAGUCUCAGCCGCCUCGAGCAAGAGAACCUGGAAGCCGGCGAGCAGCUGGAAGAAGUCGUUCGCCAAGGCGAAGCUCUCUUGCAGCGCAUCCAGGCCGCGUUGCAAGACAUUGCUCAGAGCCAGCUUGACAUGCAGAAUCCCAUCGCGCCGACAGCUUCGUCGCUCAAUUCUGGGAUUAAUUCUACUCAGUUUCAGCAAGAGGCUUUUACUUCAAACUCUGUGUCCGGUAAUGGCUCCAAUUCUCAUGCCAGUCACACGCCUGAAGCUUCUGCUGCUUCAAUUAGUCAGUAAACAAUUUAAUAUAAAAUAAUAAUAAUAAUAAUAAGUAAUUAUAAUUUUUUAGGAUCAACUUAAUUAA